CAGUAAUCUGCUUUAUCGGCACAGUGUCAAUAAUCAUCACUUGUCAAAACUUGAAAAUUUUCAUAAUAACAAUAAAUAGUGAAAAAAUAGUGCAAAACAGUGCAAGAUGGCGAGUAGUUCAAGGUAUGACACGAACAAGGUUUGUUGUAAUUCUCAUCCAGAUGCCCCCCUUAUUGAAGACUACAGAGCUGGUGAUCAGAUUUGUUCUGAAUGUGGUUUAGUAGUAGGUGACAGAGUAAUUGAUGUUGGUUCUGAAUGGAGAACCUUCAGUAACGAGAAAUCUGGGGUGGAUCCUUCCCGUGUUGGUGGGCCUGAGAACCCCCUUUUAAACGGCUCAGACCUGACCACAAUGAUAGGUCCUGGUCGAGGAGACGCCUCAUUUGAUAGUUUCGGUGUGGCGCGCUACCAAAACCGUAAAACAAUGAGCAGUUCAGAUCGUGCUUUGAUCAACGCAUUUCGUGAAAUUAACGGAAUGGCCGAUCGUAUUAAUCUCCCAAGGACUAUAGUUGAUCGUGCUAACAACUUGUUCAAGCAAGUGCACGACGGACGUAACUUGAAAGGACGCUCGAACGAUGCUAUAGCGUCAGCUUGUCUUUAUAUAGCGUGUCGGCAAGAAGGCGUCCCCAGAACAUUCAAAGAAAUAUGCGCUGUUAGUAAAAUCAGCAAAAGAGAGAUUGGAAGAUGUUUCAAGUUGAUUUUGAAAGCACUUGAAACUUCAGUUGAUCUCAUUACCACUGGUGAUUUCAUGUCGCGGUUUUGCUCAAACCUCGGAUUGCCAAAUAUGGUGCAAAGGGCAGCUACGCAUAUCGCGAGGAAGGCAGUCGAGUUGGAUAUUGUUCCUGGGAGGUCGCCGAUUUCUGUCGCUGCAGCUGCUAUUUAUAUGGCGUCACAGGCAUCGGAAGACAAACGGAGUCAGAAAGAAAUCGGCGACAUCGCAGGAGUGGCCGACGUCACCAUUCGCCAAUCGUACAAACUGAUGUAUCCCCACGCUAUCAAACUAUUUCCGGAAGAUUUCAAAUUUGCAACACCGAUCGAUCAAUUACCACAAAUGUAAAAUCGGUGCUUUUUAAUACGUUUUGUUUGUCUUUUAUUACAAAAAUUGAUGUAAAUUUUAUUUAUAGAUCUUAAGCACUAGGUCGAGUUAAGUAAAAUUUUAUACAAAACACAUUUAGGUACGAUCUUUUAUAAGAAGAAUUAUAUUGAAUGAGUCGAAA